UACGAAAUAAAGUAACCACAGUAAAUCUAUCUGUGUUUACACGAAAAUCUUCCAUCCAUUCUCUAAAAUGGCAAGCACUCUGUUCCACCUUCGAAUUUCAAUGCCAUAUAAAUAUUGCUGCUAACUCUAUCAAGCUGCAUUGAUCCUAAUCUUAAACUCGCAAAUCUCACGUUUCCUUUCUCUUCACGAAACCGUUAUUCUCAGCGAAACAGAUCCAAUAAAUAGUUACAUCGUCACCGACUACUCGCCGUCGCCGCUAAAGAACAUGUCAGAAGAUAAGUUCAAAUAAGCCAAUCUAAAGUGCCUUAGAUUGGUUUUCCAUUUUAUAGGACUGCAUUUGAGUGGCUUAUUGAUGGAACCGGCAUCUGUAACUCCUCCAGCUUCGAGGACUGAACAUUACUCCACCAAAGUAUCUGCUGAAAAUGGCAAUGCACAUCCUUCAGAUUCAGAUUCACCAUCCUUGUUACCAGAAGCUGGUAUAUCUUCCUGGGCAAGAAAUCUGAAAUUGAACCAGUCCCCUGGGAUUGGUGCAGCAGAUCAGAACUCACAGACUGAGAACAGUGGGAUGUCGGCAUUUGCUCGUCUGACUAGUGGGAUUGGACUACGUGUUCCCUCAAAUGAGACUGCUACGACCAAUUCGGGAGCUGAGCAACCUAAUUUAAUUGAGUCAUUCACCAAAGGGUUGAUGGAUUCUUCCAAGAGUGCAGUAAAGGCGGUGCAGACCAAAGCACGCCAUAUUGUCUCUCAAAAUAAACGCAGAUACCAGGAAGGUGGAUUUGAUUUGGAUAUGACAUACAUCACUGAAAAUAUAAUAUCUAUGGGAUUUCCUGGUGGUGAUUUGAGCUCUGGAAUUUUGGGGUACAUUGAGGGGUUCUAUCGCAAUCACAUGGAAGAAGUAAUCAAGUUUUUUGAAACUCAUCAUAAGGGAAAGUACAAAGUAUACAAUCUUUGUUCAGAGAGGUUAUACGAUGGAUCACUUUUCCAGGGCAAGGUUGCAAGUUUCCCAUUUAGUGAUCAUAAUUGCCCUCCUAUUCAACUUAUAGCAUCAUUUUGUCAAAGUGCAUAUUCAUGGUUGAAGGGGGAUAUCCAAAAUGUGGUAGUUGUUCAUUGUAAAGCUGGUAUGGGAAGGACAGGACUGAUGAUUUGUAGUCUUCUUUUGUUUCUUAAUUUCUUCCCCACCGCUGAGGAAGCCAUUGAUUACUUUAACCAGAAAAGAUGUGUAGAUGGAAAGGCUCUAGUUCUCCCUAGUCAGAUUAGAUAUGUCAAAUACUUUGAGCACACUUUAACACACUUCAAAGGAGAAGUCCAGCCUGGACGAAGGUGCAUGCUAAGAGGGUUUCGGCUGCACAAAUGCCCUUAUUGGGUUAGACCAUCCAUCACAAUUUCUGAUCAUAAUGGAAUUCUUUUCACAACGAGAAAGCAUCCCAAGACAAAGGAUCUAAUGCCAGAAGAUUUCUGGAUGAAUGCACCCAAGAAAGGAAUUGUGGUCUUUGCAUUACCAGGAGAGCCUGGUUUGACAGAAUUGGUGGGGGACUUCAAAAUUCAUUUUCAUGAUCGGCAGGGAGAUUUCUUCUGUUGGAUGAAUACAACAAUGAUAGAGAACAGAAAAAUUUUAGAUGGCUCGGAUCUUGAUGAUUUUGACAAGAGAAAGAUCCCUACUCCAGGGUUCCAGGUCGAAGUUGUGAUGGUAGACUAUAAUGGCACCCUACCUGGAAAAGCCAAUCCUGCAAGCAAAGGAUCUGAUGGCAACACAAGCAAUGUCUUAUCCAGUGCAAAGCCUACGUCUAAUUCAAGUGAGAGUAAGGUACCUACAAAUGGAGAUGAUGAUGUAUUCUCAGAUAGCGACGAAGAAGAGACCAGGGGAACACAAAGGAGGGAAGCUGCAACUGAUUACAAAUUUAUGGCACCUCAUCAAGUAUCCGAGGCCACUACAGACAAUGUAGGGAUGUUGGCACAUACAACGGAUCGGUUGUCACUCCAGCAUGAGGAACGAACGGAAAACAAUGCUUCUAAAGAAUCAACUACAGAUAAACUUCAUGCAGGCCCUAACACCAGCAACAUGGAAUCUGUAGGGGCAAGUGAAAUCAAGGCAAUUGCAGCAGAUGCUUCAGUAUUUUCUUUCGGAGAUGAAGAUUUUGAGAGUGAUUGAGAAGAGGCCGGUUGAACUCUUAUUCAAUUAGUUUAUUAUUCAGGAAUUCGUGUAUAGCUCUUUCCGUGGAGAUCAUACCUACAGGUAAAAGGAUCAAGCACUCAUUGCAUUUGCCCUUUUAUGCUGUCAAACGACCUUCUUUCCUGUAUUUAAUUAUUUAAAUUUUGUAUAUUUUUAAGGUUACAUUCUUGCAUGAUUAUUCUGGAGUCCAUAUGAUGUUUCUCACCGUCCUUGAUAUUUUAUGCAGUAACAGUUUAAACCAAUGUGUUCCUUUUCUAUGAAGUUAAAUUGCUGGUUCAAGAUCUUUUGUUGAUGUUAUUUACUUUAGUAUCUUUUAAAAAUCAGUGUUGUAAAACUGCCCAUGUAUCCGAUGUGAUGUUUACUUAUCCUUUUAGUCUGAUACUACACUGUAUAAUGAUGAUUACCUACAAAGUUUAAUUAAUUGCCCAUAUGUGUAUGUAACAUGGUUCCUGUAUAACAUAGUCCAUGUACUUGGUUUCUAAACAGACAAAUAGUCGAUUUAAUUGUGGUGAGUUGUGGAA